AUGGGUAUCAAAGGUCUUACAGCGCUCCUGCAGGAGCACUCGCCAAAAGCGUUUCAAAGUCACGAUAUUAAGACGCUUUUCGGCCGGAAAGUCGCCAUUGACGCGUCCAUGUCUAUCUACCAGUUUCUCAUCGCCGUAAGGCAACAAGACGGCGAGAUGCUCACCAACGAUGCAGGCGAAACUACAAGUCAUCUCAUGGGCUUCUUCUACCGCACAAUACGGAUUGUUGAAAAUGGUAUCAAACCUGCUUAUGUCUUCGAUGGAAAACCGCCGGAGUUGAAGUCGGGUGUCCUCAAGAAGCGGUUCGAGAGGCGUGAUGAAGCAAAGGAGGGCGAGGAAGAGGCGAAGGAAACUGGUACUGCUGAGGAUGUCGACCGCUUCUCGAGGCGGCAGGUCAGGGUGACGCGCGAGCACAACGAGGAGUGCAGAAGGUUGUUGAAACUCAUGGGUAUCCCUGUGGUCGUUGCCCCGUCAGAGGCAGAAGCACAAUGCGCCGAGCUCGCAAGGGGCGGGAAGGUGUACGCGGCAGGGUCGGAGGAUAUGGACACCCUCACUUUCAACUCCCCCAUUCUAUAUCGCCACUUGACGUUCUCAGAGGCGAAGAAGCAGCCCAUAUCUGAAAUCAACCUGAAGGCGGCGCUUGAAGGGUUGGAGAUGGAGAUGCCACAAUUCAUUGACCUUUGCAUCUUGCUCGGCUGUGAUUACCUCGAGCCUGUCAAAGGUGUUGGCCCCAAGACGGCGCUGAAGAUGAUUCGCGAGUACGGCUCACUAGGCGCCGUCAUCGAGCACUUGCGGGAGAAGCAAGCGGCGAAGGAAGAGGAGAACGCAGCUGAGUCAGGUGACGAGGAUGGUGGCAAGAAGAAGAAAAAGAAGGCCGGUGUGCAGGUGCCGGAGGAGUGGCCUUGGGAGGAGGCGAAGAAGUUGUUCGAGAACCCAGACGUCUUGCCAGCUGACGAGGUUGAGCUUGACUGGAAGGCGCCUGAUGUCGAUGGGCUCGUCGACUUCUUGGUCAGGGAAAAGGGCUUCAAUGAGGAGCGUGUCCGGAAGGGUGCCGAAAAGCUAUCAAAGCACCUGAACGCGAAGCAGCAAGGCCGAUUAGAUGGCUUCUUUAGUGUCGCAGCUAAGCCGAAGGAUGAUGCGAAGGGCAAGACAGGCGCGAAGGGUAAGGGUAAAGACGAUGCAAAGAAGGGCAGCAAGCGUAAAGCGGAUGACAAGGAGUCUGGUGGUGCGAAAAAGAAGACGAAGAAGUAG